CACCAGAAGCUGUGAAUGGUAGACAGCUCCUCGUAUUUCGCUCCGCUGGUGAGCACCACGCCAGUCAGAGUGGAGACUGAGCAGAGCGCACAGCUACUCUCAGCGAUCCUCUGAUGUCAUGUAAAAUAACUGGAAGAAUAGUGGAUAUUUUUUUAAUAACAAACGGAUAAUAUCACUUUUUAAAAAGCUCUUACAAACACGUGUUUUUAAUCCAAGGAUUUACGCGCGCUGAAGUGGCCAUGGCGCAUUUUACGCACUGCAGGUAACCAGUGUUUUGGAGGCUCAAACAACCAAAAACAUGGAUUAAACAGCAAGUCGUUUUUGCUUUUACUUCAGGAGAGCUCAAAUGGCGGCACUUCGUAGAAAAUUCGGCGAAGACUACCAGGUGGUUAACACAAAUCGGGCUACCACUUUUUCCGCUCCGGUCAAAAAGAAACGCCAACGCUUCGUGGACAAGAACGGUCGCUGCAAUGUGCAGCACGGAAACCUCGGCGGAGAGACCAGCAGGUACCUCUCUGACCUCUUCACCACUUUGGUAGACCUGAAGUGGCGAUGGAACCUGCUCAUCUUCAUCCUAACUUACACGAUCGCCUGGCUGGUCAUGGCAUCUAUGUGGUGGAUCAUCGCUUAUAUCAGAGGAGACUUAAAUCACGGCCACGACGCGUCCUACACCCCCUGUGUGGCCAAUGUUUACAACUUCCCCUCAGCUUUUCUCUUUUUCAUCGAGACUGAAGCCACCAUCGGUUACGGCUACCGGUACAUUACAGAGAAGUGUCCGGAGGGCAUCAUCCUCUUCUUGUUCCAGUCGCUGCUGGGCUCCAUAGUGGACGCUUUUCUCAUCGGCUGCAUGUUCAUUAAAAUGUCCCAACCUAAGAAACGCGCGGAGACGCUCAUGUUCAGUCAGGACGCGGUGAUUUCUCAGCGAGACGGCAAGCUGUGCCUCAUGUUCCGUGUGGGCAACCUGCGGAACAGCCACAUGGUGUCCGCUCAGAUCAGGUGCAAACUCAUAAAGUCUCGUCAGACACCCGAGGGCGAGUUCCUGCCUCUGGACCAGUGUGAACUGGAUGUUGGUUUUGGGACGGGUGCAGACCAGCUCUUCCUUGUGUCCCCUCUCACCAUUUGCCAUGAAAUCAAUCCCAAGAGCCCCUUUUUCGACUUAUCCCAGCGCUCCCUCAUGAACGAACAGUUUGAGAUUGUCGUUAUCCUUGAGGGCAUCGUGGAGACCACUGGUAUGACAUGCCAGGCACGGACGUCAUAUACAGAGGAUGAGGUUUUAUGGGGCCAUCGUUUCCUGCCGGUCAUGUCCCUGGAGGAGGGCUUUUUCAGGGUAGACUACUCUCAGUUCCACAGCACGUUUGAGGUACCAACGCCACCAUACAGUGUCAAGGAGCAUGAAGAGAAGAAUUCGCUGCCCUCGCCUCUAUCUACUCCCACUCCCGCACUGACUGAAAGCCACGGUGCCCGGCGUGACCGGGUGUUUUCUGUGGAUUGCAUCAACACAUCAGAGGACAGAAGGGGAGGGACUGGGGGUCGGCUGCCGAGCAAGCUGCAGAGGAUGAGUUCGUCCGGGAAGGAAGACCUGCAGAGGAAGGUGCUUCUGCUCAGCUCCCAGCACUCGGAGAAGGCCUGCAGCACAGGAGACCUGCCCUUAAAGCUACAACGCCUCAGCUCCUCGCCAGGACCCGAGGCGGAAAAUAGGCUGCAACUCAAGUCCCUCAAGGUGGGCUUUGAACCCAUGACCCAGUCUACUGGAGACCUGUACCAGCACAGCCUAACGCCCAUGCUGUCCCCUGCUCCGGUCCCCAUGCACAGCCCACUGCUCUCAGCUGGAGGGAGGCCAGAAGACAACCUGCCAGCGAAGCUACGGAAGAUGAACGCUGACCGCUGAGAUCCAGACAGUCCCACAACAACAGACUCCCACUGACCUCCGACCACAGACAGAGUGGAGGAGUUGCGCAUGGAAACAGAGAUGUACUUUACCUUUGGAGGCUUUAAUAGGAAAAAACAAAUGGUUUUACUGACAAUUUAUUGAAUUGUUUUCUUUUUUCUUGAGACACAACCUUUACUGAAAUUACUGUGAUUUCUGUGUUUCAUAGCAGAGGCAAUCAUGCAGGCUUUGUUACACACAAAACAAGAAGAAAACACAAAUUUCAUGCUUUAAUGCGAAUUUGAUCAUUCUGCAAGAGUUGUGCAUGUAUACACCAAGUCCAUGUAUGCACCACUACACUUAAUAGUCAAUCUUAGUUUUAUCUAAAUAUAUAAAUUAUAUGAAGAUGAUAAU